AUGAAGUUUGAAGAUUAUUUUUCUGUCUCCAAUGUAAUUAGCAGCAACGCAAUGGACUUUUAUGCAACCAGCCCUGGACCAGUUGAUGAAUCUGUUUUGUAUGAUCAAGAUAAGCAUGUCUCGGCUGCAGUUUGGGAGGGACAGGAACGGGGCGCACUUAGAUGUCAUGAACAUACUUCAAAGCUUGACCGGUGGAUGCUCACCGAGAAACAAAUCGAAUUAGUCAAGAAAGCUGGAUUUGGCUACUUGAGAUUAAUACCUGCAAUCAGUCUUGAUAACCCACUUAUAUCCGCUCUAGUUGAGAGAUGGAGAAGAGAAACAAACACAUUUCAUAUGACCGUUGGGGAAAUGACAGUGACUCUGGAAGACGUUGCUUACUUGCUUGGGCUUCCAAUUGACGGUGAACCUGUUAUUGGUGUAACAUAUACGGCAUGCGAUGCACUGUGUGUUAAGUAUCUGGGGAGAGUACCAGAUUCUGGGUACGCAAGUGGUGGAAUGGUGAAGCUUAGUUGGCUGAAAGAGACCUUCUCCCAUUGCCCCGAGAAUGCCUCAAUAGAAGAUGUUGAGUUUCAUACUCGUGCUUACCUUUUAUACCUUGUUGCAGCAUUAUCCUUCUUGUACAGAGCCCUUGGAAAUGCCUCCCUAAGAUCUCAAAGCACAAUUAGUGGCUGUUUAACACUGCUACAGUGCUGGAGUUACUAUCACCUGAACAUCGGUCGACCCAAACUUCAUCACGACCCAAUCCAUGAAUGUUUUCCAUUUGUCCUUAGGUGGAAAGGGAAACACAGCGGUCCAACAUCAAAUCGUGAUGUUGCCUUCUAUCGUAAAGCUUUGGAUUCGUUACAACCUUCUGAUGUCGACUGGUGUCCUUAUAUAAACAUCAGUCACACUGUUAUCCCAGAGUUUAUUUUAAAUCAACUCAUUCUUGGAAGAUCAAAGACAAUGUUGAUUUGUUUUGACAAGGCAGAAAGACACCUUCCAGAUCGUUGCUUAAGGCAGUUUGGCAUGCAUCAAACUAUACCGGAAGAAGUCCAGAGAUGGGAAAGGAAGACUCGUGGGGUUGAUGGUGGGGUAGAUCUAUCAGGGAAAAUGGAAUCGGAACUUAAUGAAUGGUCAUAUCGUCGUUUUCAUAUUGUGGAGGCUGAAGAAGAUCUGGAUGAAAGUGAAUACAAGCACUGGUACAUGAAAAUUACGCGCAAAUUAGUGGGCAGGCCCCUACCCUUUUCAUCAGAGUUUCAGAGAAUGGAUGCUGCAUUGAGGGACAUUUCACAUCUAGCAGAUACCCUCUCGACUCACGGGAUGGAUGAUCUACAGAUACAGUCAGUGGCAAGAAUCAGGUAUAUUGCACAUGAAUGUUUGAGGGACCAUGCCAGAAGUUCGACAGUUGUCAUAGCGGAUCCACAAAAUGAUGUCGGGAAAAGGAUAAGAGGGAAGGAAAGAGUUAGGAGGAGGGAAAUGGGUAAACGCAAACGGAAAGAUGAUCCUGAGCAAUAUUAUGCAGUUAAUAUGAACGUCCAUUCCCAGUUAUAUGAUGAUGAUCAUGCACAACUAUAUCAUGUGGAUGGUGAUAUCGAUAAUAAUCAAGAACUAUCCAUUCCGGCUAAUGCAGGUGAUGACGGAGAGCUGUCUCCUAUGGCUCGGGAAGUUGAUGGAGGACAGCUUUGUGAUGUAACUGACAACGUUGAUUGUGACAUAACAGAAGGGGUGGAUGUAUUGCCCUCGGAUCAUGCGGCUGAAGAAGAUGAUAGCAAGCUUUCUCGUCGCUCAGAUGAAAAAAUGUUGCCUGGUUCCCAUGCUACUGUUGAUGUCGCACCCCAGUCAACCCUCAACAACAACGAGGAUGUCGCCCGGCAGAAUGAUUACAGUGUUUUGGCUUAG